CUGACUCCCCGUGGUCAACAGGAGUCCUCACCCUGGGAUCAUUCCACAAUACCCAUGGCUACAGCUCCCAGCUUCCGUGGACACCAGUGGACUUACAACCCUAUCCGAGGGUCCUGCCUGCUCCUGCUACUGGUCAUGUCAAAUCUGCUACUGUGCCAAGGCAACUCAUGCCUGUCCUCCUGUCCUGCCGUGAUUGACAUCCCCCAGGAAUCCCUAACAGUACUGUUACUCAAUGCCUCCAGGCUGUCCCACAACAUCCUUAAGCAUUCCAGAACAAUGUUGAAUGAGUUUGAUGUAAAAUAUGCCCAGGGCCAAGUGUACUAUAUCAAUGCCACCAACAGCUGCCACACCAAUUCCCUCCAAACUCCCGAAGAAGGAGAAAAAUUCCUAGAGACAAACAUUGAAGACCUUAGUAAGUGGAUACUCAUGUUACUGUACUCCUGGAAUAGACCUCUGUAUCAUCUAGUCACAGACCUGCGGAGUAUGAAAGAAGUCUCAGAUUCUAUCCAAUCAAAUGCCAGAGAGAGUGUGAAAAAUCUACUAGAACUUCAAGCACUCAUAGAGAGGCAAUUCUGCCAGAUUAUUUUUCCAGUAAGGCAGAAGAUGUUGAAGGCUCGCAUUUACUGGUGUGGACUCGCAUCCCUGGAGUCCAGCGAUGAAGAUGUGCGUCAUUCUGAAUUUUAUAAGCUGUUCAAGUGCCUGUAUAGGGAUUCACGUAAACUUGACACGUACACCAAGAUCCUGGGAUGCCGACUCACCAACUCGUGCUAAAUCCACAUCCAUCCCAUCCAGCUCUGAGAUGGUCAUAAUGAUCUAUCCCAUAGCAAGCUUGUUUGAAAUUUAUAGCUUUUUAAUGUAUGCUAUGUAAAAUGGAUCUCCUCUUAAAAAAAAUAAACACAGACUCUGCAGAGAUGUCAAAAUCUAA